GGCGAGCCUGGUGAUCCAGGGCUGAGAGGCACCGACGGUCUUAAGGGAGUCAGAGGAGAUCCAGGAACGCUGAUUCCAUCAGGAUCCCCUUGGCCUGAUGCUGGACCUCCUGGGUUCCCUGGCGAGGCGGGUCCACAAGGAGAGAGAGGUCCGAUCGGAGACCAGGGCUUCCCCGGACCUCCUGGACUUCCUGCCUCUUCCUCACAGCAACAAGUUUGGGAGUUGUUCGGCCCUUUCGGUUUUAAGGGGGAGCCGGGAGAAAAGGGCCUGCCAGGAGACCGAGGGUAGACCGGCUGCCUUCCCGGGAACCCCAGGACCCGAUGGAAGUCCAGGAAACCGAGGCCCUGCUGGACCCAAAGGAUCCUGGAAGGAGUUCUUCAAAGGAGAUAAAGGAAGGGGGGGCAGACCUGGCAAUGCCGGCGCUACAGGAAUGAAAGGCGAUCAUGGAGAAUGUAACUGCGGUGGUGAAAGUGCCCCCAGGGGCUUGCCCGGUCCGGCUGGUCUGCAGGGCGAUGCUGGGAUGCCUGGAGAGUUUGGGUAUGACGGAGAUAUAGGAGACCCAGGUCCAAAAGGAGCCGACGGCCUGCCAGGAUCUGCUGGUUUUAAUGGCUUACAGGGGCCCAAAGGUCGGAAAGGAGACACGGGUCUUGCGGGAGAAAAAGGGUAUCCUGGGGACAUUGGUGAGCCAGGAAAUGAUGGACCGGUAGGGACACCCGGUGCUCCAGGCCCAAACGGUCUUCACGGUUUCCCUGGCAGCCGCGGCCUUCCAGGUGAAGGACCCAAGGGGGAACCUGGGGACAAAGGGUUCCCUGGAUGGCCCGGUAGACCUGGUCCUGCUGGGCUUGCGGGAAUACCAGGUGAAGACUUUGCAGGUCUCAAAGGACAGCAUGGUCUACCUGGAGAUGAAGGCCUCCCCGGCUACGAGGGAGUGGCUGGGACCCCUGGAAGUCCGGGCGGAUGUGUUCAACACGGAGAUGGCGGACAGGUGGAAGUGACAGGCGCCUGUGAGGCUAUCCCAGGUCCUCCUGGUCUGCCAGGACUUCCAGGACUCAGUGGAAUAACAGGUGCCCCAGGAUUCCCUGGCCCAAAAGGUUUGAAAGGUGGAAGUGGAUUCAAGGGAGAGAAAGGAGAACAAGGAGAGCGAGGCGCGGGCGGCUUUCCUGGACCAGCAGGUUUUCCCGGUCCCCGUGGAGACUUGGGGAUUCCUGGCAGGAAAGGGACGGUAGGGAGCCCUGGAGUGCCUGGUAUGCCUGGCCGAUACGGGCCUCAGGGCGAAAAGGGGCCUCAUGGAGAAAUAAUAGGAGCAUCACCCGGACCUGCAGGUGACCCAGGACCACCUGGUCUGCAAGGGGAAAAGGGCCAAACUGGAGAUCCAGGCCUGCAGGGUUUUUCAGGAAUAAACGGAAUGCCUGGCAUGAUCGGCUUGAAGGGAGCGAAAGGUACCCCGGGCCUACCAGGGGAAGAGGGAAGACCUGGGCCAGCUGGCUUAUAUGGCUUCCCUGGUGAUCCUGGCAGGGCGGGACCACCUGGUCCGGUUGGUGAAACUGGAGAGUCAGGAGCAACCGGAGAGAGAGGAACAGAAGGAGAACCAGGUCCUCCGGGUCCGAUAGGGUUGAAAGGAAUGCCGGGUGUUUAUGGGGAUGAUGGCCCCAUUGGAGAACGCGGCCCAACGGGCGACCCUGGACAACCGGGCGCAACGGGACGACCGGGACUUCAAGGACUGAAGGGACAAAAAGGUUCCCCUGGAAUGUUUGGUUUUGGGGGUGUCGAAGGAAAUCCUGGUCUGAAGGGCUCUGAUGGUAUAAAGGGAGAGACUGGAAGCCCUGGCGGAGUUGGCCUGAAAGGACAGACGGGUGUAAAGGGAGAGAAAGGUGAGCGUGGUCUGACAGGCCGACAGGGGGUGAUGUCCCCUAAAAUGCUUGUCCAAAUUAAGGGAGUCAAGGGCGACCAUGGACAUCAAGGCGAAACGGGUGUUCCUGGACCACAAGGAACACAAGGUGGCCAAGGUGUGCCGGGCCCCGAUGGAGUUCACGGUCUUCCAGGGGAGCCCAGCAAUGAAAAAGGUCUUCAUGGAGAUCCAGGUGCACAGGGACUGCCAGGGAUUAAGGGAAUGCCAGGAUCUCCAGGAAACAGAGGCAUUCAGGGCUUUGAUGGGAUGCUUGGCAACAAGGGGGGCAAAGGAAGCCCGGGUGCCUACGGUGAGACAGGAGUGGCAGGAAGGAAGGGGGCCAAAGGUGACAAAGGCGUUCGCGUAGACCUUUAUGGAACUCCAGGACUGAGAGGAGAAGAUGGAUUUGCCGGAGAACCAGGGCUGAAAGGAUUACUUGGACCAAUUGGGGACAGGGGUAUAACCGGCUUUGACGGCAUUGAAGGGGUAAAAGGAGAAUCCGGGGAUUAUGGAAUACAAGGAUUCCCAGGGUUGGACGGGCAGAUAGGAACGCCAGGGAACCAAGGUCAAAAGGGUUUUCCUGGAAUUCCAGGCAAAGAUGGUCAGCCGGGCUUUCCUGGCUUCUCUGGAACUAAAGGUUACCCCGGCCUGAAGGGUCUUUAUGGAUUAGAUGGGCUGAAGGGACCGAAGGGUGUCCAAGGAACACCAGGUCUGAACAUUGUUGGACCUGCUGGAGAGACAGGAAUUAAAGGGCGAAAAGGAGAAAGCGGUAUUCCCAACAGCCAGCCAGGCGUUCCAGGUCCAGCAGGUUUAAAGGGCUUCCAGGGGCCUCAGGGUGACUUUGGCCAACCUGGACUGCCUGGAUUGCGGGGCCUUCAAGGACCAGAUGGGACCUCAGACAUCCCGGGCCCCAGGGGGGAUCCGGGCUCUCCAGGACCUCCGGGAUUUCAGGGUCAUCCCGGAGCAAGGGGCCAGCCUGGUGUGGAUGCUUUCCCAGGUCAGAAAGGUGUACCAGGACAGCAUGGGUUCCCUGGUUCCCCUGGUAGGAGAGGAUAUCGAGGAGAUCCAGGAUCAGCGGGCUACAGGGGCCCCGAUGGAGUCUCUGGGAAGAAAGGAACCAAAGGAGACCAAGGUCACAUGGGAGUUCCUGGACAGAUCGGUCUAAAGGGAGAGAGAGGACCAGUGGGUCCGAAAGGAGACACCGGAUUCCCAGGUUUUCCUGGGGCACCUGGCAGCCGGGGUCCUGCUCCGACUCCCGUUAAAAUUCCAGGAGAAAGAGGUUCUCCAGGACCGCGGGGCAUCCAUGGCCCGAAGGGGUCUGCAGGCGAGCCAGGACCUCGAGGCCCACCUGGAGAUCCAGGGUUCAUGGGACCUUAUGGAGAUAAAGGCAUGCCUGGGAUUAGCGGUACCCCAGGAGUGCCGGGAUUCCGCGGAGAGGUGGGCAACGUGGGUCACCGUGGUCUCCAGGGCAUGGAAGGUGAAAGAGGCCAGCCCGGUAACCCAGGGUUAGCCGGCAUGGCUGGCCGCAGUAUCAGCGUGGGCUACUUGCUUGUGAAGCACAGUCAGUCGGAUCAGACGCCCAUGUGUCCCGUGGGAAUGUCUAAACUAUGGGACGGUUACAGUCUGCUGUACCUGGAGGGCCAGGAGAAGGCCCACAACCAGGACCUCGGUUUGGCUGGUUCCUGCCUCCCACGGUUCAGCACCAUGCCCUUUCUGUACUGCAACCCCGGGGACAUUUGUUACUAUGCCAGCAGGAACGAUAAGUCCUACUGGUUGUCAACCACUGCUCCCCUUCCCAUGAUGCCCGUAGAAGAGAAAGAGAUCCAGCCGUACAUCAGCCGUUGCUCGGUCUGCGAGGCGCCGUCGGUCGCUAUUGCAGUUCACAGUCAGGACAUCACCAUCCCGCAGUGUCCUGUGGGCUGGAGGAGCCUGUGGAUUGGCUACUCCUUCCUCAUGCACACGGCAGCGGGAAACGAAGGCGGCGGUCAGUCCCUGUCGUCCCCUGGCUCCUGCCUGGAGGACUUCCGCACAACCCCGUUCAUCGAGUGUAACGGGGCCAAGGGCACGUGCCACUACUUCGCCAACAAACACAGCUUCUGGCUGACGUCCAUAGACCACUCGUUCCACACUCAGCCGUCGUCGGAGACGCUGAAGGCCGGCCAGCUCCUUUCGCGCAUCAGCCGCUGCCAGGUCUGCAUGAAGAACCUGUGAGGAACUCUGCUGCAGCGCCGACCCUGACGAGUGACUUUCUCCCAAGCCACGCAGCUCAGAUCUGCAUGGACUGUGCAAUUCCUCGAGCUUUAAAGUGCACUGUAGAUCCAGCAGCAACAACAACAACAAAAAGCCAUACGAUAAGAACAACGGCAUCAUGGAACAAGUGUAUGCUUUUAAUGUCUGUCAUUUUGAGUGUUAAAUUUAAAUUGGUGCUUACCUUUUAACUUAUUACCUCAGUUAUAACGACACGUUGUUAACCGUCAAAGACCACAAAGUACAGCCGAACCAAAGACGCUUCUGUUUAACUGCAUAUUUCUGUGGUUGAGGCGCUGCAGCCUCACCACAAGGCCACUAACACUGCCUCCGCAGCCAGCCGACGGUGUCAGAGGUGGAUUUUAAAUACCUUGCAUCAUUUUAAUUGCUUGUACAAAGCCUAUUUUUCUACAGUUAAGCUGUACUCUUUUUUUUUUUAUGCAUGUAUCAACUACUGUUAGCUCAUCUGUUUUUCAUAUGUUCACACAAUGCACUGAUUCUGUUUAGACAUUUAAAUAAAAGGAACUUGACCGUC